CUUGAGUAGCGCACUUGUGUAAGGCAUUGCUUGUCUGUCACUAUGAUUGUUGGGACCAACGGCUGAGGAUGAGCAGGAGAACCGACCCAAAGGCUAGGAACCAGCUCAACGAGGCCGCCGCGACUGGCAGGCGCAGGGCACAGGUCCACGAGCAGUCCAGCCGCCAGCGGGAUGUCGCGCUGCGCAGCCGUCGGCUGCUGGCGGAGCUGGCGGGCGGUGCCGCAGCUGGUGGCGGCUGUUCGGGGGAGGCCUCCGAGGCGGGCCUGGCUUCCCUGGGCGGUGAUGUGCUGGCGGAGCGUGUGCGGGUGGUGAGCGGCACGCUGCGGCGGUGGGGUGAGGUGGCGCCCGAUGAGUGGCAGGUCGCGCUGCAGCAGCUGGCAACACUGCUGUCCACGGGCAGUCACCAGGCGGUGCAUGCGGCGGUGGCGGGAGGCGCGGUAGCCUCGCUGGGUCAGCUGCUGCAGCUGGGGCCGCAGCAACUGCCGCCGGACGCGGCUCGCCGUGCCGUGUGGGCGCUGGAGCUCAUCGCAGGCAGCAGCCCGGACAACGCGCGAGGGGUGCUGGCGGCGGCGCCAGUGCUGAUGAGCCGCCUCUCGGCAGCAGCAGCGGCAGCAGCAGCAGCGGCGCCAGCGGCAACAGCCGGGGGACUUGGCGGCGCCAGCGGCGGUGUGAAGGAGGAGACUUGGCUGGCGGCUGACCAGCUAGCGGCCGUGAUGGGUGCCAUCGCAGGGUGGAAUCCGGAGCUGCAGGGGCUGCUGCUGGGGCAGGGGGCGGCGGCGCCGCUGCUGCAGCUGCUGCUGGCAGCCCUGGGCGGUGCGGCGGAGGUGGCGGCGGCGCCGGGAGCGCUGGCGGCCGGCGUGGCGGAGGCGGGCGUGGUGCGGUGCUGCGGCACGGCACUGUGGGCCCUUGGCAUGAUGGUGCGCGGAAGGACCGAGGAGACCUCGCAGCUAGCCUCGCAACCCGACCUGCAGGCGGGUCUGCGCCGCCUGCUGCUGCUACCGCACCCGCCGCUGCUGCUGCUGCGGGAGGCAGCCUGGCUGCUCGCCUUCUGCAGCGCAGCGGGCGGGACGCGGGCGGUGGGGGCGCUUGUGGAGGGGGGCGGACUGCUGCCGGGGCUGCUCACCUGCACCCUGCGCUGCGUGCAUCAGGCGUCCGCGCUGAGCGGCGAGGACCCCGCCAGCCACGAGGCCGCCCAGCCGCUGCACCAGGCGCUGCUGCCGCUGCUGCUGGUCCUCACCAACAUCGCUGCGGAGCCCGCGCAGGCGCUGCUGGUGCUGGCGGAGCUGCAGGCAGCCAGACCGCUGCCGCUGCUGCCACCGCCGCUGCCCGCGUCCACUGGCGUUGGCAGCAACAUGGAUGCCCCGGCCCCGCUCGCAGCCGCAGCGGCCAUGGAGGAUGAUCGGGGUGCAGCUGCAGCCGCUCAUGUUGGUGUUGCUGCCUUUGGCAGUACGGAUGGCAGCACGACUGCAAGUGGCAUGCAGGCGCUGUUGGCAUGUCUGGAGGGGCGUGUGACGCACCGAGGGGUGGUGCGGGCGGCGGCGGGGCUGGCGGCGGGGCUAGCGUGGGGCGCAUGUCGCGCGGGUGCCGUGGCGGUGGAUGCGUUGCGAGCGGCUGUACGGCAGGCGGGGGUGCUGGCGGCGCUGACGGGGCUACUGCGGGGCGCCGCCUUGGACAUCCGAAAGGAAGCGGCGGCUGCGAUCACGUCACUCUGCCAGGGAGCGGGUGGAGGAGCAGCAGGAGGCGGAGGAGCAGCAGCUGGUGGUGGUGGUUGCGGUGGUGGUGAUGAUGGAAGCGGCGGUAGUGGUCCGGGACCGGGAAGCUUGGAGAUGCUGCGUUUGUUGGGUGUGGGUGUGCGCGGUCGGGACGAGCAGGGUGUGUUGGCUUGCUUCUUGGCGUUGUUGCGAAGUCCGGAUGCGGAUGCGGUGCAUGCGGGGUUGCGGUUUGUGAGCCUCGUGUUGAGCGGGCUGAAGCGCGGGGCGCAGCUGGUGGAGAGUCUGGACGGGAUUGAUGCGUUGGAGGCGGUGCAGUACGGCACUGGGGGCUGCAGGGUUCCGGAGCUGCAGGCGUGGGCGGAGGAGCUGGUGGAUACGUACUAUGGGGAGGAUUAUGAGGAGGCGGGUGAGGAGGAAGACGAAGACGAGGACGGCAUGUGAGAAUGUAUAGCAGUAGCAGUUGGUAUACGUGCACUUUCCUGGCUAAAGCCAGUGAUUCAAGGCAGUGUUGCAUGCCUGGCAAGGGGCAACAAGGGGCCUUGGCGCCCGUGAAGAGACCCGGGGGGUAGGCCAAUGGAAUCCAUUGCAAUGGUUACUUGCAAGUCAUACGUUAG